GUAAUCUGGGUUCGGACUCGGAUCCUAUACGGUGUUACGAACAUAAUCUCGUGCUAAUUUUGUUAUCAAAAGACCGAGAAUAAUCCACUUCUAUGCUGGAUAAUUAUAAAGGCGAUACGAAUAAUGAAGAACGCAGUUGCGUCUCUCAUUGCGACUGGGGCAAUUUAGAGGAUCCAGUCCACCAGCUGGCUGACAUACCUCCAAGAUUGCAGAGCGGCAGAAGCAUGCAGCUGCCACUCUGGAUCCAAAAUAUUGCUAUUUGCAUGAUUAACACAGACUUCUCAAAAUACAUGGACACCAGAGACACCGAUGUUCAUGUGAACCACUGCCAGACAAUGUUACAGUUCAGAAAUCAUGCAACAACCAACCUGCAUGAUGAUGUGCUUAAGAAGCCUCACAACCUUGGCUUGCUGCGAAGACCAGGCCUCCAGUCCUCUGCAUUGCCUGAUCCCGGUGCCUGGGAGAGGGGACGUUGGAGCUGCCCAUUGAAAGUAGAAGUGCAGCAAGCAGGCAGGUGUCCAUACUAGGCUAAAAACAAACCCUAGCCAGCUGGCUCUCCCAUCCAUUAUUCUAUCAAAUGUUUCCUCACUAGACAAUAAACUGGACUACAUCUGACUCUGCUUCUAGUUACUGUUCAUCGUUAGUACUGUUCAUCUAGUUACUGUUCAUCGUUAGCGUUAGUAGAGUUCAUGACUGUAGUGAAGUUAUUUACUUCGGGAAUUCACUACUGUUUUCAUUAUCGGAGUGUACACUCCCCCCAGCGCUAAUGCUAAGGAGGCACUAAGUGAACGCUAUGGGGCUAUUAGAGAUCUGCAGAAUGCUUACCCUGUUUAUUAUCGCUGGAGACUUCAACCAUGCAAAUCUCAAAUCAGUGCUCCCUAAAUUCCAUCAACAUGUGGACUAUGCAACAAGAGGGCUAAACACAGUGGAUCUUGAUUGUACUAACAUCCCCGGUGCCUACUGUGCGGAGCUUCGCCCCGACCUCAGCUACUCAGACAACAUCUCUGUUAUGCUAAUUCCAGCAUACAAACUGCACAAUUCAGGGAGGCUGCAAUGAAUGGUGACCCAAUCAACUUGGAGGAGUACACUGAAUCAGAGGCUAAAUUGGCAAGUGCAGUAAUGACGUGACUGUUUCCAAGACCAUCACCACAUGCUCCAACCAGAAGCUGUGGAUGACCACAAAAGUAUGUGCGCUACUGAAGUCUAUAGACAAGAUGGCAUUAAGAACAGCAAGGCCCAAACUGUCCUGAGCCAUCAGAGAGACCAGCGAAGCAUGCACAUGCCCAGAGAAUCCACGGCCACUUCCAGGACAGCGGAGACACCCAGCGCAUGUGACAGGACAUCACCUGCCUGUUACCGUGGUGCCUCCCUCCCGGACGCACUAAACAGCUUUUACGCUCAGUUUGAGGUGUGGAACAACAUAGCGGAAAGAAAGACCAUCCCUCCUUUCAAUGACCAGAUGCUCUGUCUAUCCACGUCUGAUGUAAAGGGAACUCUAUGCAGAGUUAACCCACGGACGUUUGCUGGACCAGACAACAUUCCUGGCAGAGCGCUAAGGGAAUAUGCAGAACAGCUUGUGGAUGUCUUUACUUGCCUGAGUAGGGCUGCUGUUCCUACAACAAUGACCAUCGUCCCCAUGCCGAAGAAGUCUACAGUAUCCUGCCUCAAUCUGAACAUCGUCCCAUGUGUAUCGUCCAAAACACUCCACAGACGAUGCAAUCUCCACAACCCUCCAUCUGGCCCUCACCCCCCUGGACAAUAUAUACAUAUACAUAUAUACGAAUGCUGUUCAUAGACUUCAGUUCAGCAUUCAAUACAAUCAUCCCUCAGCACUUAAUUGACAAGCUGAGCCUGUUGGGCCUGAACACCUCCCUCUGCAACUGGAUCCUGGACUUCUUGACUGGGAGACCUCAGUGAGCCUGGAUGGGGAACAGCAUCUCCAGCACCACCACACUAAACACUGGGGCCCCUCAGGGGUGUGUGCUCAACCCACUGUUUACUGACGACACUGCUGACUCAUGGCUCAAACCAUAUCAUCAAGUUCACACGACCGUGGUGGGUCUCCUCAGCAAGAACGAUGAGUCAGCAUAUUGAGAUGAGUUGCAACAACUAGCAGCCUGGUGUAGAGGCAGCAACCUGUCUCUGAACAUUGACAAAACUAAAGAGAUGGUUGUUGACCAUGGUUGUAGUGGCCAUUCUUCACUGUACAUCAACGGAUCCUCUGUGGAGAUUGUCAAGAGCACCAAAUUCCUUUUUGUUCAUCUGGCGGAGAACUUCAGCUUGUCACUCAACACCAGCUCCAUCAGUAAGAUGGCUUUCAGCAAUGUCUCUACUUCCUACGAAGGCUGAGGAAAGCCCAUCCCCCUUACUCCAUCCCGACCAUGUUCUACAGAGAAACAAUUGAGAGCAUCCUGAGCAGCUGCAUCACUGCCUGGUUUGGGAAUUGCACCUCAGAUCUCAAGACCCUACAGCAGAUAGUGACACUCUUUUCACCCUCCUGCCAUCUGGAAAGAGGUACUGAAGCAUUUGGGCCCUCUUCCCUUAUGCCAUCAGACUCCUUAAUAAUACCCAGAACUGAACUGUACUGAACACACACACACACACACCCACAUCACUCACUCACUCACUCAUUCAACUGUGUAAACUGAUCUGUUCCAAACCCGAAACUCAAACACAUACUCAAUUCAAUUAAAUUCAUUAUUCAUACAUGUCUAUAAUUCCAUGUAUAUUAGAACUGUUUACAUGUUGUUUACUCAGUUGCUGCUGUUGCUGUUUUUGCACACAUUUCAAACUGCCACCAACUGCUGCUAUACAUGCUAUAAAUUAUAUUAUAAAUUAUAAAACUAUUAACUAAUAAUAAUGUCAUAUAUUUGUAGUUAUAGGUAUAUUUUGUGUAAGUUUGACUGAGACCACAGUAAUUAGAGAUGUGUGAUGCGUGUCAUGUAUUGUGUGUUGAGACAAAUAGAGUUGAAGAAAAGGAUAUUUUAUUGGAAGAGCAGGCAGAAAAAUCCCAACAUAAUUCAAUCAGAACAGGAAAGAAGGGGUUAGGCAAUAAGCAAACAACAAUAACAGGACAAUCCAAAACAAAGAAAACCAGAAACCAGAACAAGAGUAAAACCAGGAGGUAGCAACACAGCAGGAAAUCACUUGGCAAAGUCAUGUGCCAAUCACAGAAACACAAGGGUUUAAAUACAUGAAAUAAUCAAGGGGAAACAUAGGUGGAGAUAAGACAUGAAUCAAACAACAACAUACAUGGCCAUGUAAACAAAACACAAACAUGUGACAUAUCCACAACAACUUCUGUUCACUUCUCUUCACCUGUUCAUCCUCCCUGACUAGUGGAGACUUUACUUUACUUUACUGUUUUACAACAAAUAGAUUAAGAACAUCUGCCAGACUUCUACCCUGACUACCCUUCCAUUGCACAACCAGGAUUCCUCUUCUCCUUCACUGUAACAUUUUUCAACCACAACAACAAAAGAGAUUCUACAUAUCAUCCUGUCCUGCAAUCAUACCACCUGCCCCCUGGAUCCUAUCUUUUCCACAGUACUCCAGACCAUCGCUCAAGACCUCCUGCCCUUCAUCACUAGACUCUUCAAUGUUUCCAUAAAAUCUGUUCAUGUACCAAAUACCCUCAAGAGAGCAAGUCUUAAUCCCCUCCUGAAAAACCCUGCUCUGGAUCCAUCAGACAUCUGCAACUACAAACUGGUAUCACUUCUCACUUGAACGCACUGUUUUCAACUAUCUCUCUAUCUCCCACAGAACAAACUCCAAGAUCCCAACCAGGCUGGUUUCAGAGCAACACAUUCCACAGAGAUUGCCCUUUCGUCUGUCACAGACACUACAUGCUGCUAAAUCAGCCAAACUGUUAUCCGUCCUCAUGUUCCUCGACCUUUCAUCAGUGUUUAAACACUGAACCACAAGACUCACUUGCCCAACCUCAAGAGUCUUGGAAUUCAUGGAACAGCAUCUUAAUGGUUUGCUUCCUGCUUGGAUGGUUGCCUAUAUAUGGUAAAAUGGAAAGUACUCACAUUUGCUCCACACAGACUCUGCACUGGUGUCCCACAAGGCUCAGUACUCGGUCGUCUUUUUUUCUUCCUCUGUAGUCACUCUCUUGGUGAAGUCAUAUCCUCACAUGGGUUCUCCUACCACUGCUAUUCAGAUGAUACUCAACUCACAAUUUGACCUACCUCUUCCUUAAAUACCUAAAUUAACACUUGUUUUUAUUUUUAUUUAAUUUUUGUCUAUUUGCAAUCUUAUCAGAGUUUUAUGGUAUGCUUAGUCUGUGAUCUAGCAAACCAGCAUUGAUGUAUUAAUUGACAGAGACUUGAAAGCACUUUUGUAUAUCUCUCUGGAUAAGAGCAUCUGUAAAAUGCUGUAAAUGCAAACCUGGAAAUACAUGCUGUAACACUACAGACUGUUUACAGCCACUGAGUUCUGCAUGCAGCAAGGGGGAAAUCACAAACAGUACAAAUACUUGUACUGCCCCUCUGGGCAAAAUGUCCAUGCAAAACUCAAGGUCCUAAGCAGGCAUUGUCUGCCAUGUUGACUUCUUCCUGUGGAACUAUUAAGCAGACCAAGGGCAUCUUGGUAAGAUGCAGGCAAUUAGUUGGUGACAGGCUUGCCAGGGUUAGUUGAUAAGGCUGAGACAGGCUUGUUGAGGUCAGGUGUCAGUAACCAUCUUGGGAGGCCAUGCUCAUGGUACCUGAUGAAUGGCCAAGUGGAUUCUGCUUCCAGACUGGCUUCUCCUGAAAAUUUGAAGUCAGACUUCCUGUAGAUAACUAUCAUAAAGCACAAUAGGAACUAUAAAUACUGCCACACUUCCUAGGCCUAUGGUUUCCAUGGCAACCAGUUCUAUUGUACUAUUAGUAUUUUAUAACAGAUGUCUCAUAUAUUUUUGUACUUUUCAUGGAAAAUGUUUAUGUAGCUUAAUAGAGAAUUGGCACGAUUGAAUGUUACAUCUACACUUGAUUGGCAAAUGCUAUUAGCGCUCUGCAGAUGUUCCAAAGUAAUUGCUUAACUAGCAGCCAGCAUAACAAACAAGAGAUGACUGGGAACAUAUUGGCUUUCAGGAAGCACUUGGGGCCCAGUCUAAUGCAUGUGGCAUAACUCGUGACCAUUGGUUUGUGUAUUUGUGUGAAUCCUCUUUGUUUACUUCUGUGAAUCUUCAUUGUUUACACAGUUGCUGUGUCAUCGCUCUUUACCACUGGUAAGUCCUCCAGUCACAUAUUAUAUUCAGGUUUAUGUGGAACUGUCUGAUUUUUUUAGCCAGUUUCAAAGAAACAAAUGAAAGCAAAAUGACCAUGAAUCAGAGGUAAUCUGUUUUGAUAAUAUUUUGAUUUGAUUCUUAUUACUUGUAUUUCAAAAUAUUUUUAAAAUUUGAGAAUUAAUAUUUUGUUUGUGAAAAGGGUGUGCACACACUUGCUACCAUUUUUUCCCAUUUUUUGUUGAACUUGUUGAUAUGUCAUAUUACAGGUGGAAUAAGAUCUCAUAAGAUUAAUCUUAUUUUGGCACAGCAAAAAAUAAAACGCAUCAAAACAGGGGUGUGUAGACUUUUGUAUAUACUAAAUCUAUAUAUGCUGAAAUGAUUUUCCCUCAGUUCAAGGUCAGAGUGAUGGUGGUAAUGUGGUCAUGGUCAUGUACAAUAUCAGCGCCUCCCAGGGGUCUAAAGCAGUGUUACAGUGCCAUAGCCAGCGAAUGGUAUGGACCCAAGACCAACUGAAGGACCGUCUACGUGUGGUGCACUGGGAUCUGCUCCGGAGUACCCCAAAUUAUGCCAUGGAGCGUGUCUUGGACAUGUUCUCAGCUGGGGAUCAGCGUGUUUAUAACACCCAUAAUCAGGGACGCAUCAGCAUGCCUAUGACUGCAUUUAAGGAUGGAAACUUUUCACUCAUUAUAAAGAAUGUGACGGUUGGUGACAGAGGCAUCUACUCUUGCAACUUCCACCAUCAUUACUGCCAUCUCUUUGAGUCAAUCAAAGUGAAGCUCAAUAUCACCAAAUCAGCCCGCAAGGAGCGACGAUUCUGGGAUGGCCAGAAGGCUGUGUAUGUGGUGUUAGUGGGAAGGACAGUGGUGCUGCCUUGCGUGAACCGCCGGUCAAUUUGGAUGGACAGCAAAAAUGAGGAGGAGCAGCAGGUUGUUCACUGGGACCACCAAGCACCAGGGGUUCAUCAUGACCAAGCUGAUCGCCUCAUUGACCUGUAUGCCUCAGGAAAACAACGCCACUAUGGGCGACGUUUCAUCCAGCAGAAGAUGAAUAUCUCAGCUUCUGCGUUUUCCUAUGGUAACUUCUCACUCAUCAUCUCAGACCUACAGCCUGCAGAUCAAGGUCUGUACUCCUGCCACCUGCAUCAUCACUACUGUGGCUUGCAUGAGAGACGCAUCUUCCAGCUCACUGUCAGUCCACCUGUUCAGCAGGAGCCCACAGAUGCCCCACAUGGGCUACCCAUUGAAAACCCCAUAACAAUGGCAGUGGAUGCGCAGCCUCAUGUCAUCAAUUUCAUCUUGCCAGGGCAUCAGAGUCACUGUUUUCAGGAGCUGGGCUACAUCCUGGCCACACUUCUCCUGCUGGCCCUCACUGUUCUUGCCAUUGUCCACCGACGGAAGGUGCAAGGUGCAGCAAAAAAAGUACAGCCAACUUUUGUGUCAUACACUGAUUUUGUAGUGCAUACAAGCAAGGACUUUGGCAGUGAAAUCCCCGAAGUGAAGACAUGCAAUCAAGAAGAGACAAAACUGGAUUUAAAAAACAACCUUCUGAAAGAAGCUGAGAUGUCCAAUCUUUGCUCUUCUAAGUUCACCGACAAGGACAGAGGUAAACUUGUAAACUUAGUAAUUUUAUGCCUGUGAUUUUAUUUGCAUUCUUUUUUUGCACUUUCAGCAUUGUGUGCAGAGAUGAAUAAAUCCUGGAAGUAAGAAAAGCUACUGGCUGGUCUAGUGGUGAAUGCAGUCAAGAAAAUAGGAUCAUGGAAGAGAAGAUGGGCAUGUCUGUGUAUUUGAGGGUGUGUGUGUGGGAUCUUUGCUGUUUCAAGUUCAGUAAAGAAAUUUUGCCUUUUAUCUCUGUGGUAUGCUAAAAUAAGGUCAAACUUUUUUUUAUACUCAAGAAGGCAAAAGCACUAGCGAUGCUCUUUGCAGGUGACUCUAAGUUUCUUAAACAGCUCACUUCCAGCAUCCUAACUGUAUUAAGCUUCAAACAAAUGCAGAUAAUGUACUUUUAUUGUGCAUUAGUCAUUUAAUUAGAGACCUGCAUUUAUACUUUCUGUAUAUAAUAAGAAAGCUCAACACAGUGGCUAAAGUUAGCAUGAAGUCACAAUAUUUUUAAACAGUAAGUUUAUCCCAUAUUAAGCUUUUUAUUAAAGCAUGGAUUCUAGCCAUUCUGCUGUUUACUGUCUUUAUAUAUUUAUGUUUUUUCUAUAGUUUUUUUUCCUGGUAAGACCAUGUUAUGCUUUUUAAUAAUACAAUAAAAAAACAAGCUGAAAUUUGCAGAAGUUGCCAGUUUCCAAACACUAGAUGGUAUAAAUGAAGCUGAAAUCACUGUGUGAUUACAUUUAUUAUUUUCUAUUUAUUAUAUAGCCUACAGAUCUUAAAAGCAUGCCAUACAUAGGUUUUAAAUCUGCUGUUUAGUCUUGUUUGUAUGUAUUGUAUUCUUGUUUGUAUGUAUUGCUUGUCUGUAUUGUUUAUACAGCAUCAUACUGGCUCAUCUACAUAAUAUUUAUCAUGGUACCGUCCUUGCCCUCCAUAAAGCCCACACUGGAGUUGCUCAUCUUUUAUGUUUUUGUUUUCUUAUUCAUUCUCUGUGUAAACCCUCAUUUCCUCUUUUUCGUUUUGCUUACAAUAAUUGCUCUCUUGCUGUUGCUUGUUUUUAAGUAUUGCUUUGGCAGAAAAUGUGUAAUGGUAUAAUGUUUAUUAAAAUAGUCUGAACAUUCAUUGCAUUUUAAUGGAAUAGUAAAGGUCUUUAUGAC